ACUGAGGACGGCUUGCUUGAUAAUUAUUGAUGUUUUGUUUGAUUAGCCUUUCCUUAUUAUUCUGUUAAUAAAAAUAUUACAUGUUAGAUCAAAAUGAAACCAGAAGAAUCAAAUGGAAAAGGUGAGGAAGUAGAUAACCCGGCUCCAGUAACCGGGGACGUUAUAGGAGAUACCGCUUAUAGUGAACGAUUCGUGUUAAAAAUACUCUUAAAAUUAGCAAACAAAGACACGUUAAAGGAUGAAAUACAAGAAAAAUCAUUCGAAGAUGAUCUUUGCACUCUUUGGGACAUGACAGCGGAGAGAGAUGUCGUGUUAUUUCUGUUAAAACACGAUGUGCUUAGUCUGUUCAACUUUGCGUUGCCAGAUAUCGAAUCCCCGCGGUUUAUUGAAAUAAUCAUCGGUAUUGUAGGCAACAUGUGUUGUCAGAAGGAAGCCGUGGCUACUCUGUUGAAAAUGGACAGCUUUUUGACUUCUUUAUUGGAGUAUAUGAAGAGUGACGAUAGCCUGAUACUUAUCCAAGUGCUGCGACUUGUAAGUUCCAGCUUAUUCAUAGCAAGCGAAGACGACUUGCUGAUUUGGCUGACUCUGUUUAAAUCCGUCGAUUACUCCAAUGCUCUGUACUUUAUGUUGAAGAAUUCAUCACACAAGGAGCUGUUGGUUACUGCUCUAGAAAAUUUCAACACAGUUACUUCUUAUUGCAAUAUCGAGAAAUUCAGAUUACAGUUUUUUACUCAUUUUGUGACGCCGGAAGCAAUGGAAUCCUUAUCUACAGCUUUCACAGAAGUAACCACAAGUCAUAAGGAUGCAUGUGAAAAGGAAGAGUUGGAAAGAAUAUUUGAUAUAACCUUGCAACUGACUUUAAAUUUAGUUGGUUUCGAUAAGUCUCCUGAAAUUUACGAAGGCAGUAAACAAGAUGCUGUAAAGAUCAUCACAAAUGUACUUUGUUAUUACGAAAACAAACUUGUUGAUCAGAAGGAAAUUGACACGGAUGUUGUGGACAUUAUUGAUUCAACUAACACUGUUGUUCAUAUAUUGAAACUCAGUGAAAUAUGUGAUCCUGAUAAGUAUUGUUCACCUAGUUACAACAUGUGGAAGACUUUGAAAUCUAUCACAAAAAGUAAUAAAAACGGUUGCAGUUUCGAAGAAGACGAUAUUGAUGACUUAGAAGACUUUGUCAUCAAAAUGAAGUGUCCUCUUAGUACAUUGAUUUGCAAUUACUUAGCAAAAUGCUCAGAAAAUAACUUGCUGAAAGUUUUAGAUGAAAUUGGUUCGGACUAUGAAGAAAUAUUCAGUUUAGUCACUGAUGAGGAGAUAAGAGACAAUGUUUCUAAAAGAGCAGCAAACUAUACAACCAGAUUAAAAGACAAUGUGGAUUCUUAAUCGACUUGAUAUUUUAACACUAACGGACAACAUCAACAGAUUAUGUCUCAAUCCCAAGUGUCAUAGUGAGUGUCUAUUAUGAAUGAAUGGUCAGUGACAAUGCUAGUGUUAAAGAAACAGUUGUAUUCUAUAAGCUAAUAAUAAUCUGCAGGAUAAUGACUGCUUCCCUUUCAUUUCCUUCCUGUUUUAAUAAAUUUAUAUCACAACAUUUUACCACCAACAUCACUGUGUUCCAUAUUGUAGAGACUGCAAAAUAUAAAUGACACUAUAAUGUAACAUCACACACCAUAAUGUCAAUUCCAAUGUAUGAGAUCACAGAGGAUGGAGAGAGUGAUUAUUUAAUUAAUUUAAAAUUUAUAGAAAAUCUUUUGUACUCAUUAGUAUUUGUACAUAUUUGUAUAAGUAAUAAAUACCCAUUUAAGCAAUGUGAUUAAAAUCAA